AUGGAUGAAUUCUUCGACCUCCCGGAGGGCGCCACAGCGGCGCGACUCGCGGACCUCCAGGCGGAGCUUGCGAAACCGCACAGCGCCUUGAUGCUCCGCAUCAAGGACAGGCUCGAACGGACCAUCGGCGUCGAUGCUGCGAAGAUCUAUGACGUGCCCGACGUUGCGCUGCCUGCUCCCAAGACAAAGUACAAGAUGAAUUUCACCAUCCAGGAGGAGCUGUCACUCCGCGAGCUGCCGAAGAAGACCCGCAACGCCUAUUUCAUGAAGGGCUUCGACUCGCGCACGGCUCCAUUCGCGGGAAUCCGCUCGGACCUGCUUCCAGUCAUAUCCCAGGCGCAGGUGUCCAUGGACAAGAGCAUGCUCCCCGCUCUCUACCAGCCCUUCCGAGAAGAGCGGAAGCAGCCUCAUGGCUUGGAGGAUCCCUCCACGCUUUGCCCCCGUGGUACUUUCAAGCAGCCGCCCGAGACGACGGAGCCGUUGUUCCAGCUGGUGCAGCAGGAGCUACCGCCUCCAGCUGCGACAAUUGUCCCCCGAACCUUCGGGCGCAAGCAGGCCUAG